AGGCUUUUCUAUGCCGUAGGACUCUCCAUUGGGAGAUUUAAUGUCUUUUAAAGUAUUCUGAGGCUUUUCAGAAAGAUCUUAAGUGCAAAUUGCUCCUGCUGUAAGGCUCUAAUCCGAUGAAUUGAAAAUGAGUUUGGGUAUUUGAGGAGGCGGCUGUGCUGGGUUUUAUUGUCGUUUUCUGUAGUAAACACAAAUGCAACCUUACCAGUGCUGGACCUGGUUUGUCUGAAAUUUGGGUGUAUUCACUCAGUACCUGGUGGUUCUGACACACAUUUCUGAAACUUGUGUAUCCUUUCUACUAUCUUUGCUUUGACUGACCUUGCUCAGUGGAAUCCUUUGUAGUACUGGUACUUCCAAAUCUUGUGUAACAUCUGCCACCGCUAUAGAAACAGAUAAUGUAGUUAGAGUUUUGGAUGGCUAUCUUGCUUCCUGUUUGGUUUUCCUCACAGAAAUCUUUUUAGAACUAAGAGACUGAGAUUAAUCCUUUUUUUUUUUUUUUUUUUCCCCUCCUUCCAAUUCAACAGAUGCAGUUUAUGUUGCUUUUUAGUCGCCAGGGGAAACUGAGACUCCAGAAGUGGUAUGUCCCAUUAUCUGACAAAGAAAAGAAGAAAAUCACAAGGGAACUUGUUCAAACAGUAUUAGCCCGCAAACCGAAAAUGUGCAGCUUCCUGGAAUGGAGAGACCUGAAGAUUGUCUACAAAAGAUACGCAAGCCUCUAUUUCUGCUGUGCUAUUGAAGAUCAGGACAAUGAACUAAUAACUCUGGAAAUAAUUCAUCGUUAUGUAGAACUUCUUGACAAGUAUUUUGGCAGUGUAUGUGAACUUGAUAUCAUCUUCAAUUUUGAGAAAGCCUAUUUCAUUCUGGAUGAGUUCCUUUUAGGAGGAGAAGUUCAGGAGACUUCCAAGAAAAAUGUUCUCAAAGCCAUUGAACAGGCAGAUCUUUUACAGGAGGAAGCAGAGACCCCACGUAGUGUACUUGAAGAAAUUGGAUUGACAUAAAUCUUCACUUCAGCUGAUGACAUCUCAGUGUUUCAUACUGUAAAUGUUCACUGCCUUCAUUGUAAUGUUUAGCUAAUGGUGUAAGAUGCUGUUUGUCAGUAUUACUGUUUUGCUAAGCUGCUUCAUUCAGGCCUACAAGAAAAAUACUCCUUUGAAAAGGGAACAAGAAACUAAAGUCCAAAAAUCGCAAAUGAAAGGGAAUUAGAUUUAAAUCGACUCAGUGUCUCCCUUCACUGCAUUUAUAGGAAAAUUGCAUUUGACUUCAAUAAGUGUACUGUUUUUUUAUAAGCAAACUUGACUUCUUUAUGACAUAGCAUAUCUAAACAAAAAGAAACUACAUGGACAACUCCAAAUAUAAAAUGUUAUGGUGUAGAAAUUGUGUUUAUGCAACCAAAGACUCUUGUUCAUCUACAUUUUAGUCACCACUUGUGAUAAUUCUGCUUAUUUCAGUUGGUGCAUAAAGACUGGAAUUAUCUGUUUACUUCUGAAUUUGUCAUUAUACCAAAGAAUCCUGUUAGGAUCUGCAUAUCAAACUGGUAAAAACUGUUAAGGUGAUACUGCUUUUUGCAAGAAAACUGCAAACUGAUCAACUCACUAGAAAUGAAGGGGUAUUUAAGUGUAGCUACCUUGAGCAAAACUCUGCAAGUUACUAUACUAAAAAGGGAAUGCAUGUAGUUAAAAUUCCAAAUAAGGAAACUAUUUUUAGAUCUGAUGUUAGCUUGCUCUGAACAUAAACACAAGAAAAGAGAGAGGCUUUCUGACUGUAGAGAGAGGUGUGUAAUGGAAAUUGCAUACUUUUGAAGAUGGGAAAGGAGGAGCUUUACAAAAGGGACUUUUUAUUAUUUUCUUUCAAACUCUACAAAUUAACUUGUAUUUAUUGGUGUUUUAUAGUUAUGCUUUAAUGGGUGUAUAGGUACCUUAAAAAA